UCCUCUGACUGCAGAACUGAGGCAAAUAAUUUCAUGGCACAGAGAGCUUAAUCACCGGUCAACUGUAUCUUCCCUGAGUGGAUCACACAACCAAGAGACCAUCAUGGCAAGCAAACACACAUCGUCAAACAUUCAAGACACGAUUGCAAGUAACCUUAUUGACGAAGGACCUCCUGCAAGGUAUCAGCUGGAAACAAAGAAACAGAAUCUAGAUGAUGAAGGCCUGCUCAGAAGAUGGACCUUUGGAGAGAGAGAUUCCACCAAGGUUAACAGAACCGUUCUGAUAGUGGGAGAGACAGGAACAGGGAAGUCAACUCUGAUCAAUUCCAUAGUCAAUUAUUUCCUGGGUGUAAAACAGGCGGACAAAGUCUGGUUUGAGAUUGUGGAGGAAGAAAAAGAGGGAAAAUGUCAGAGUGUAAUUCAAACUACAGUGAUUACUGUAUAUGAUGUAUUUGGGUUUGAGGGAAUUAAAGUGCCCUACUCUCUCACCAUCAUCGACACUCCUGGGUAUGGAGACACCAGAGGGAUUCAAGCAGACCAACUAAUCGCUAAAAAACUAUUUGAGUUGUUUGGAUCUGAAUACGGAGUCCAUCAAAUUGAUGCUGUUGGUGUAUUGGUGAAGGCAAGUGCAAAUCGAAUCACUGUUGAACAGAAGUACAUAUUUGAUUCAGUCUUGUCUAUCUUUGGCAAAGACAUGGAGAAGAACAUCGUGGCCCUCAUCACACACUCAGAUGGUUUUGAACCUGCUGAUGCUCUACAGGCCUUAGAAGAUGCUCAUGUCCCCUGUGCAAAAGAUGACAGCAAUCAAUCUAUUUAUUUCCUAUUCAACAACUCUCAAAGAAAGAGUGUCACCUCUGCAAAAGCAACCCAGGCCAAGAAAGAAGAACGUAUCUUGAAGAAUUUAUGGGAUUUAUCAGAGGAGAGCAUGAAGGAAUUCACAGAGUUCCUGGGUAGAAUUACACCUCAAAACGUGAAGAUGACUGAAGGAGUUCUGAGAGAUCAGAAACACCUGGAGGAGUGUGUCAGCAACAUACGCAAGCAGGUCCACCUGAUUGAUCUGAAACAGAAUGAAAUCAAGCAGACUCAAAAAGCACUCGAUAAACAUAAGAAAGUCAUGGAGGAAAACAAGGACUUUUUAUACACUGUUGAGGAGAAAUGCAAAGGAAAGGCUGAUACAACAGAGGGUGAGGCUACCACUUGCACAGUCUGUGAGGAGAACUGCCACUUUCCAGGCUGCUGGUGGGUCAAAGAUCUCUCAUGGUGUACUGUGAUGAAGAACUAUCACUGCACAAGGUGUACUGGGAAAUGUCACUACACCAAACAUGUCAAAGAAAAGAAAAAGUAUGUUUUUAUGACCAGGCAGGUUACAAGGACGAAUGAGAAAUUGAAAGAUAAGUAUGAAAUCAAUAAGACAUCGGCUGGGGAGAAAGAGACUCAGAUCAGCAGACUUCAGUCAGAGUUGAAGCAGUUCACAUCUGAGAAAGCCAGACUGGUGGAAGAAUCAUACCAGUGUCUCAUCAACCUGGAAGAGAAAGCCUUAAAGACCAGCUCACUGUCCACUGCUCAGCAUCUGGACUUCCUGAUUGAGAAGGUGAAGGAGACAGGAAACAUAGAGAAGAUUCACAAACUGGAGAAGAUGAAGAAGAGAGCUGAGGAGGAAUACAAAGGAGCUUUAGAUUACUUUAAAGCUGGUGUAAAGAAAAUGUGAACAUGAACAUAGGAUAGAAAACAUUUGCAGGGUGGAAAUGAAAACUGUUCUUCUUAAUCCUUUUUCUCUUCAAGAAAUACUACUGUACAUUUAAUGUCAACCACAUAUGUUGUAUGAGAUUAACCAAUGCUAUGUUUUCUUUCUUAAUCAUAACCUCAGAUGAUGGAUCUGCCUACACUAAUAACACACUUUCAUCAAUAGCUUGCAUAUAUGACAUUCUUUGUAAAUCCAUUUGAAUCAACAUGACAUGUUUUUGUCACUGAAAUCACAUUGUGUUUAGAAUGAAUGAUAAUGUAACAUGUUUAUCUAAACCCUCCGGUUGCUGGGUCAACUCUCUAAGGUAGCUAGGCUACCUGCAUGGAACCUGUCAGAGGAGGGCAUGAGUUUCUCUGAGUUCCAGAGUGGAAAAACACCUACAAAUGUGAGGAUUACUGAAGAAGUUCAGAGAACACAAACAACUGGAGGCAUUUGGCAACAUCUUACGUGGGUGAAUCCACAUGAUUGAUCUGAAGCAGGAUCAGAUCAAACAGACACAAAGAACCCUGGAGGAACACAAGAAAGACAUGGAGGAAAAUAAGGACUUUACAUAUACUGUUGAAGAACCUUACAAAGAGAAAGUCCCCAUAGAAUGGGGCAUUUAACUAAACAGGCAAUGUCCUGCAGUGUUUGUGAGGAGAACUGCCACUUUCCAGGCUUCUGGUGUGUUAUAGUGUAGUGUGGUGAAGAACAACCCCUGCACUGUGUAUAAAACCACAUUUCACUACACCAAGCAUGUCAAAGUAUAUUAAAUGUAUGUUAGCAAGACCAGAUCGCUUUUCUGGACAAAUACGAGCAAUUGAAAAGUAUGAAAUCAAUGAGAAAGUGGCUGUAGAGAAAGGGAGUCUGUUCAGUGGACUUCAGACAGAGUUGGAGCAGCUCUCUUGAGAAGGACAGACUGUUGGAGGAGUCGUACCAGUAUGUCAUCAAACUGGAAGAGAAAGUCCUAAAGGCCCUCUCACUGUCCACUGCUCAGCAGUGCAUCUGGACUUCCUGAUCGACAAGAUGAAGGAGACAGGAGACACAGAGAAGGUUCAGAAACUGGAGGAGAUGAAGAAUAGAGCUGAGGAACACAAGGGAGAUUUGGAUAAAUGUAAAGCUGGUGUGAAGAAAGGGUGGAAAGAUUACUAGGGAAAGUAGUACUGAGAUAAAGUAAAGCAAAAUAAUUAUACGUGGAAAAAACACAUGAACAGGAUAGAAAAGAGAUUACAAGAAAAAGCGUUCCUGCUAUUUCUCUUCAAGAAAUACUGUACAUUUUGUCUUAUCCAGAUUAUAUGAUGUAAGGAGGACCAUAUUUCAAUUUUCAUUUCACCAAAGUAAUGUCAUGCCUACAAUAAUACCAAUCUUCUGUCAAUAACUUGUUUCAUGUGCAUGUAUGUAAUCUACUUAGUAAAUUAAUUUGAGUCUAUGUGAAAUAUGUUUUUUUGGAAUUGCAUUGUAUCCGAACAUAUCAUAGAUUUUUCUUUUUAUGUAUGGGAACCUAACAAUCAAAAUCUAUUGUCACACAUUAUUAGAUAACAACUAUGGGGCAUUUCACAAUUAAAAACAUGUAAAUGACAAUUUAUAUAGUAAAUGUCCCCUAUUGAAUGCUUUCAUGAUAUCUUUGUUGUGAAGUGUUUAUCACAUACUGAUGAAAGUGAACACUGAAACAUUUGUGCAUGUUGUCUAGAUGUUUCCACUAAGAAAUAUAUGAAAUAAAUCAUCACAAGUGCAUUAUA